AUGGCUGUCGAACAAAUUGAAGAUGACAACUAUGUAAUAAUACCAGGUCAAAUUAGAUUUAAAUCACAGACAGUAAGAGGAUCAAAGUUUAGAGGCGUCUCAAAAAACGGAAACAAGUGGCAGGUGCUUGUGAUGGGAAAUUAGAAGAAGCAAUAUUCAGGCUCGAUUAAGGACGAGACAAUUGCUGCCAAGAUGUAUGAUAAGUUUGCCAUUAAGAAUCUCGGAUUACGAGCCAAAACAAACUUUGACUAUAAAAGGAGGGACAUUCAGAAAAUUAUCUAGGAAAUUCAGGAAGACUCUCAAAAAAAUUAAUAGUGA